AUGAGCGAAUUGCUUAUUCGAUACAAAAGUGGAAUAAAAUUAUAUAAAUUUGAAAAAAAUGAAAAUAAAUACAACAGUAAAAUAAUAUUUGAAUAUGAUGGAUAUAUACAUGAUGUUAUUUGGUCCGAGGAUGGAAACAGUUUCUUAAUUUUUCAUUCUACAAAUGGUGUAUUAUUAGCAUUAAACUCAUCUACUAAUAUAAAAAUUAGUUAUAUAAAAUGCCAAAAUAAAUAUAAAGAUCUAUUUACAAAAGAUAAUUUAGCAUUAAUUAAACAUGUACAAUGGUCACCCAAUAAUAAAUAUAUAGUAAUCUUUUAUCCUUAUGAUGAAAAUAAAAAUAAAGAAAUCGGUAAUCUUUUAUUAUGGAAUGUAGAAAAAAAUAAAGUUAUAUCAUCUUUUAAAAUAAAAAAAAAUAUAUGUACAAAUUGGCCAAUAAUACAUUUUACUAAUGAUGAUAAAUAUUUUUUUUUACAAAAAAAAUCAGAUAUAUAUAUAUAUGAUACAUCUAUAUUAGAAAAUGAUGAAAAUACAGAUAAAAAUGAUGUUUCAAAUAAAGAUAUACCAAAUAAUUAUAUCUAUUCAUGGAAUCAUCUUAAUGUUAUUGCUAUUUAUUUUUCAAAAUAUAUUGAUAGUCAAGAUUCAAGAUAUUUUAUAUUACAUACUAAACAUAAUUUUUUAGGUGAUAUAUAUAUAUAUAAAAUUGAUGGACUAAGAAAUGAUAAAACAUCUUCAUCAAGUUUAAAUCAAAAUAAUAAUAAAAUUAAUAUAACCUUAUUAACAAAACGAAGUUUUCAGCAUUUAGAUAAUUUAUUAUGUUUAUAUUCAAUUUCUGGAAAAUAUGUUAUAUUUCUUGUAUCAACCAAUGAUACAACUAAUAGGUCAUAUGGAUAUGUUAGUAAUUGCUAUUACUGUUCAUUAUUAUCAGCAUCUGUAAAUAUUAAAAAAAUAAAUACGCAAGUUGCUCAAGAUGCAAAAUGGAGUAAUUUAUGUGAUGAAUUUUUAAUUAUUGAAGGAAAAUCAGAUAAUAUAGUAUAUUUAUAUGAUUCUAAUUUAAAUAUAAAAUCUAAAAUAUCUGCUCAAUAUAAAAAUACAAUAAAAUGGUGUACUUUUGGAAAUAUGAUAGCAUUAGGUGGAUUUGGAAAUCUUGCUGGUGAUAUAGAUUUUUAUUAUAAAGAAAAAAAUUAUAAUAUUACAUUAAUUAAACAAUAUAGAGAACCAUGCACUGUUUUAUGUGAUUGGUCUACAGAUGGUACAUUAUUUAUGACUGCAUCUACUUUUCCUAGAAUGAAAGUUGAAAAUACUUUUAAAAUAUAUACAUAUGAAGGUGAUUUAAUCAAUAAUUAUAGUUUUAAUGAAUUGUAUGAUGUUAAAUGGAAAAAUUCUGUUCCGGGUAUUUUAGAAGAACCACCUAAACCUAACCCUAAACUUAUAGAUAAUAAAAAAAAUGUUUACAAAAUUAAAUAUGUAAAUCAUGAUAAUUUAUCUACUACUAAUAAUACUAUAUCAUCUUUACGAAAUGCAUCUAUUGCUUUUCCCGCUACUCGAAUAAAUCGAAACCUUACAAAUGUAAAUAUUUCAAAUAAUAAUAAUAAUAAUAUUGUGGAUAUCUCGGAUUCUCAAACUUCUAACGACACAAAUAUUCAAAAAUCCGCUGAUUUAACAAAUGCAAGUAAUAUUUCUUCAAAUUUUGAUACUAAUAAUACCGAAUCAAUUGAUAAAGAAAAAGGUGCAUUAUCUGCAUCUAACCAAAAUAAUACAAAUAAAUUCUCACAUCUACCAAGGAAUCAAACACAGAACCCACAAAAUAAUACAUCUAAUAAUACAAACCAUAUUAUUAAACAGCCAAAAAAAAAAGAAAAAGCAGCUGGAGCAAAUCAUUAUAAUUGGGAUAUUGAUUGGAGGAAACAAAAUGCGGAUUUAAAUUUACAUCCAAAAAAUAAAUCAGUUUCAACAUCUACUGGAUUCAUAAAUACAAAUCAACAUGCUACCGAUUCAAAUUUUAUCCAAAAUGGAAUUAAUAAUUAUAAAAAAACAUCUGAAUUUUUAAUUCAAAAUGAUAUAUAUAAUAAUUCUGAUCAAAUAGAAAAGUCAGAAUUGUUAUCCUCUUUGCAAAAAGAAUAUUCAAAUUUAUUUAAUUCGGCUAAAAACCAUGAAAAUGGUAUGGAAAAAGAAGUUAUGAACAAUUAUGAAAAUAAAGAAAUUCAAACUGCCACAUUAGUAACCAAUAUGUCCGAAACAGAUCGACCAGAACGAACCAACCAUUUAAAAUUUGACGAUUCAAAAAAAGGAAGAAAUGAAAACACUAAUAUGGAUGACAAAAAAAAGAAAAAGAAAAAGGAAAAAGAUAAAGAAAAGGAAAAAGAUAAAGAAAAAGAGAAGGAAAAAGAAAAGGAAAAAGAAAAAGAUAAAGAAAAAGAUAAAGAAAAAGAGAAGGAAAAAGAGAAGGAAAAAGACAACUCUAGCGCUUCGAUUCCCAACAAUCAUGGAGAUUCUGUUCAAAAAUCAGAAAACGAUCCAGAUGCAUCUGCCAAAGGUCUUAGCACCGUUAUAAAUGGCCAAGAGUGCAAUAACAAACUUCUUAUACAUUUAAAAAAUGAUGAAAAUAAUAAAAAAAAAGGAAAUGAAAAAAUUUCUGAAUCAGAAAAUAUUCCUGAAAAUACCGAAAAGGAUCAAAAAAAAAAAAAAGAAAAAAAUAAAAAUAAAAAAUCAAAAAAAAAAAAAAAUGAAAUAUUAGGUGAAAUAAAUGAUAAUUCAACAAACAAUAACGUAGAUCAAUUAGGAAAACGUCUUAUUAAUUCUGAAGAUUCAAAUUUUCAAAAUAAUCAACUUAUCAAUGAUAAUAAUAUGUAUUCAUUAAUUUUCCACGAAAUAAUCAAAAAUAACAACACAGAAGAUAAUAAUAUAAAUGAAAUACAAAUUCUAAAUGAACGUUUACAUAAUAAAAAUAUACAUCAUGAAUUAAAUAAAUUUAAUGAUAAUCGAUUUGGAAAUUUAAAAGGAACUGUUUCUAAUGAACAUUUAUAUAAUAAUGGGAUGUUAAAUUUGGUUCAAUCUGCUUCUACUAUAAAAAUAAAUAAAAAUGAAGAAAUUCAAAAAGAUAUAAAUAAAAUUGAAACAGUUAAUCGAAAAAAUAUAAUUAAUGAUUAUCAAACAAAUUUAAAUAAUCUUAACGAAUUUUCAAAUAAAGAACAAUUUAUAAAACAUAUUUUAUUUUUAAAGAAACAAAAAGAAAAUGAUAUCACUGAUGAACAAAACGAAAUGAAUCCUCAUCAAAAUGAAAUAUCUUAUAAUGACCAAAUUAAUUUAAAUAAUUAUAUAGAUCAUAAUGAAUAUCUUAAAAUAAAUAAAAAUAUUAAAGAUAUGAACAAAAUAGAACAAGAUAUGCAAAAAAAUGAUUUGACAAAUAUACAUAACAAUUCAAAAUAUGUACAAAAUAUGAACGAAUUCAAAUCAGGAAAUUCAAAUUCUUUUUUUUAUAAUUUUAUUAAUAAACAAAAAUUAUCAGAAAAUGAUUAUCAAACAUUUCAACCUCAAACAUUAUAUAAUGAUUCUAAUAAUUUUGAUCCCAAUCAACAAAAACAAAAUAAUUAUAAUUCUCAAAAUAUACAAAAUAUAUGGAAUAAUGAAAUAAAUAAUCAACCAUUUAAUAAUAAAAAUAUACAACACAAUGAUGAUAUUCUAAAAUUAUUUAAAACUGUUCUUCCAUAUGCAAAAGUUAAUAUUGUUGGAAAAAAAAAAGAUGAAUCAGAUAUUAAUAAUAUACAACAAAAUAGAGAUAAAAUUAAUAUACAAUAUUAUCAUGAAAAAAAUAAUAUAUCUGAACAAUCAAUAGAAGAGAAUAAUAAAAGAGAAGCUCUUGAUUAUAAUACUCAAGUAGAAGAAAAAAAUAAUUAUAUAAAACAUAAAUAUAACAAUAUUUAUAAAAUGUCUGAAAAUUCAUUGAAAGAAAAUAUAAUUAAUAAAAAUAAAAAUGAAAAUAUUCCACAUAUUAAUAAUAUUUCAGGAAAUAUCAAAUUACAAAUAAAUAAUUUCGAUUUUUGUGAACUUUUGAAAUUCUAUCACACAUUAAAUAUUCAACAAAUACAAUUAAAAAUAUAUUGGAUAUUCUUUAAAAUAAAAAAUUAUGAUAAUAAUAAUAAUAAUCCUGAAAUUUUGAGAAAAGAAAAUAUAAUAUUAUCUAAACUUAAAGAAACAAAAGAUAUUUCAACUUAUGCUAAUUAUAUAAUUAAAAUAAAUUAUGAAAAAAAUCCAAAAAAAUAUCAAUCUUUGUUACAACAAUUUAUAGUUAUAUUGAAACAUCAUGAUAAUUUAUAUCGCCAAAAAAAAGAUAAAAUUAAAUUAGAACAUUAUGAUAAUCAUUUUAUUAUUAAUUUUAUUAACAACAUUGAUCAAAUUGUAGAAAAAACAACAGCCCAACUGACCCAACUGACCCAACCGGUUCAAUCGGUUCAAUCGGCUCAACCGGUUCAAUCGGCUCAAUCGGUUCAAUCGGCUCAAUCGGCUCAAGAUGUUAAUAAUGCAUACAAUUAUCAAACCCAUUUUUAUAAUCAAAAAAAUAAAUUAAAAAUUCAAAAUUAUCCUCCGGGUUCCGUUUCUAAUCAAAUUCCUUUCAAUAAUUCAUCCUCAUCAAAUUCAUAUGAACACAUCUAUCAUAGAAAUCAAGGAUUAAUAUCACAUACUUUUAAUAAUUAUAAUUCUGGAACAAUGUCAGGAAAUAAUAGUUUUAAAGAAAAUGAACAAACUAUAGAUAAUAACAAAAAUCUCAUCCUUCAAAAGCUUAUUGAAUAUUUUAAACAAAUAAAUGCUACAACAGAGCAAAAAAUAAAUCUUUUAAACAGAAUCAAUUUAACAGAUGCACAAAAAAAAUAUAUUAUAAAUAAAAUUCAUUUUAAUAAUAAUGAACAAAAUAAUAAUUACAAUCUUAACUCAGAAAAUGAUAAUCAUAAAUUAUAUAACAUGUCUAUCAAUCAAAAUAAUAAAAAUAAUAAAAAUACAAUAAGAAUAUUACCUGACCAUUUUAACAUCUCAGAACAAGUUAGACAUACUACUGAUUUACCUCCUUCUACUAAUGAUUCUAUUAUGUAUUCACAAUUUGAUAAUAAUAAUGAUGGAAACAUAGAUGUGACCUCUCCUAUUUUGAACAUUAUCCAUAAAUCUAUUGCUAAUAAAAAUAACCAAAAAGAGUUCAAAAGUAAUGUAGAUGUAGAUGCAGAUGCAGAUGUAAAUGCAGAAAAUAACCAAAAUUUAUUACAAAAAUAUCAAAUUCUUAAUAUGCUUAAACAAAAAAAAAAAAUGGAAAUGGAAAAUGUAGAUACAUAUGAAGAUAUCUCCCACUCAUUCAAACAGCCAAUAUCUCAACAUCAUUUACAUCGCCAAGAUAUUAACAAUUUUUUUGAUCAAAUAAAUUUCAGAAAUUCAAAUAAUAUAUCAUCAGAACCCAUUGAUUAUCCAAUUCAAGAAGAUCCUGAUUCUAAAACAACAAAUUUCUCGUCAUAUAAUUCUAAUACUCAUAUUAAUUAUCCUAACAAUACAAUUAUCAAAAAUAAAUUAAAUACCUUAGAUGAUUCAAAACAAGAUAAUACACAAAAUGUAAUGAAUAGAAUUUAUUUCAAUUUUCCUCAACAAAAAGAUCAUAAUAAUUUUACCAAUUUACCACCUCUAUAUGAUUCUACCCCCAAAAUCUCCAUGAAUAAUAGAAACAAUAAAAAUGAAUGUAAUAAAACUGAAGGGGAUCAAAAUGUUAGAACCCAAAAUGACAGAACCCAAAAUGACAGAACCCAAAAUGACAGGACUAUUAGCGAACUUCAUUCGAAUGAACAUUAUAUAAAAAUAAAUAAAAAUUUUAAUAAUAAAAAUAGUGAAGGAUUAACAAAUAAUAGAGAUAAUAAUAAAGAAGAAAAAAAUUCAGAUAAUAAUAAUUCCAAAAAUAGAAAUGUUAGUAAGAAUGGAAAUAAAAUUGAUCGUAACCCUGAAAGAAAGGAACAUGAACAAAUUAUAACUAAUGAUGUAAAAAAUGAAAAAAAUAAAAAAAAACAAAAAAAUCAAAAAAAUACCACAAAUCAAAAUUCACUAAAUACAAAAAAUAUGACUGGAUCGAGAAAUGGAACAGAAACUCAAGUUCCUAAAACAUUACCUGAAAUAAAUUCGCCAAAAUCUAAUUUGAAUGAAGAAAAUAAAACCGAUAACAAAACAAUCAAUCUUUUGCAAGAGCAAAAAAAUGCAACUACUCAAAAUAAUAUUUAUGAUACUGAGGAUACGAAACGUCCAGAUGCAUUAAGAGAUAAAUGUUGGCAAUAUAUUGAUCCAAAAGGUGUUGUUCAGGGACCCUUUUUUCUGGAAGAAAUGAGAAUGUGGAGCGAAUUGGGAUAUUUCGAACCCAUGCUUCCAGUUAGAUGUUGUGAUUCUGAUCGUUUUAUUGCUUUAAACAAAUUGUUUCCUCCUCCACAUAAGCCAUUUACUAUUGUUCCUAAACCCCAACCAAUAUUACAAUGGGAAGAAGAAUUACCAUGA